AUGGAUCAUAGAAGAUCCUCCAAUCCCCUUUUCUGUCUCCUUCUGCUCCUCUUCAUCUUCUGUCUGUGUCUCAGUAUGCCAGCCCACUCUCCUCUCCUGCCUGGUCAGCCCUUCCUGAUUCUUUGGGCUGUGCCUAACAAGGCUUGCCUUGGUCGCCCUGACCCGGCAGCUUUUGGGAUGGAGUGGGAGGGACAUGUGGCUGAAUUUUAUGAGGACUCACUGGGACUUUACCCGUAUUUCAGUGCAGAGGGAGAGCCUGUGAAUGGUGGCUUGCCUCAGCACACCAGCCUGGAGCGCCACCUUCAGAAAUUGGAAAGGGACCUCACAGCAACUUUGCCCCAGGCUGGGGCACCUGGCCUCGGGGUGCUGAGGUGGAAUGAGUGGGAGCCACAGUGGAGGAGAAACAGGGGGAAUCAGCAGAGGUAUUUGGAGACAUCGCGUACAUUGCUCCGGGUUUUUUUCCCAGGCUGGAGUGCAGAUGAGGUGGAGAAAUGGGCUCAGGUGGACUUUGAAGCCGCAGCCCAAUUCAUUCUCAUGGAGACCCUGAGAGAGUUAAAGAGACUCCGCCCACAGAGACUGUGGGGCAUGGCUCCGUACCCAAGCUGCUACAACUCUGAUCCCACUCAGAUGCUGCUAGCUAAUUACACAGGCCGCUGCCCUGCUGCAGAGAUGGCACUAAAUGAUGAGCUCAUGUGGCUGUGGAAGCGAAGCGAUGCACUUUACCCCAUCCUCGAACUGGAGAAACUCCCUGAAGGAACCAAGGGUGCAUGGUUGUAUGCAUCCAAUCAGAUCAGAGAGGCAUUAAGAGUGGCUGCUCUUGCAGGAACAACAUUUGAACUUCCUGUUUUUCCACUGGUCAAGAGUAUGUACACCUCCUCCAGUAGCUUUCUCUCUGAGGCUUAUUUGGUGAAUACUGUAGGAGAGAGUGCUGCUUUGGGUGCUGCAGGAGUCAUUAUCUGGGACAGAUUCCUUACUACUAAAACACAGAACCUGUGCUCUAAUCUUACCUCAUAUGUGCGAGAGGUCCUUGGCCCCUAUGCUGUCAACAUAACCAUGGCAACACGUCUUUGCAGUAUGUCACUUUGCAAGGGUCUUGGCCGCUGUGUACGCAAGAAACCAGAAGAUCCUGUCUACCUGCACCUUCCUCCUGCCCACUUCCUGCUGCUGCGCCAAGGAGCAGAGGGCAUCCGAGCAAUGGGGCAACUUCCCCCAUAUUAUCUGGAUGGGUGGAGACGGAACUUUCAGUGCCAUUGGUUUGAGACAUUGGAAGGAGCAGCUGCUGAUCAGGAGUCAGUUGAGAUUGAGAGUGGUGGUCAGAGGUCACUGGCAACAAUAAAGCCACCAAAUAUUGCUCAUAGUGUGAGGACAUUUGGUCAAGGUGAGGAGAUUGAGAAGAUACUUGGACAAAAUGAGGAGACAGUGGCUCCCAUAACGCAUGUUGGACAAGAACCGUCAAAAAGUGGCAGCCCCGCCCAUUUCGUGACCAUCACACUUCCCUGUGUUCUGUCAUUCUUCAGCUUCACAAACCUUUACUUUUAA